AAAGAUCUUCAUGAUUUCUAGUCUAGCAACAAAAAUCUAAGCAAAGAUGGUGAAAUCAAUAAUGACAAUGACACUACGUUCAACAAGUAUAUUAUUGAAGAUGAUCACAGACCGCCGGCUGUGUGGGUCGCACCGCUGCCCCUUAUGAUACCAAUUUCACAGUGUAAAAGAGUAUCAAAGCAAAGCUGGUCACUAGGCAAAGAAUGUGAUAUUAAAACAAUAUCAAAGCAGACCAGCUUACCAGAUAAAGAAAGCAUUAGAAAAAUUAAGGUAAGUGACAGUAAUGUAAGCAAGAAUGGUAACAUCAAUAAUGACAAUGACACUAUGUCCAAAAAGCAUAUUGAAGAUGAUGACAAUACGCAUAUUGAAGAUGAUGAAAAUGAGCAUAUUGAAGAUGAUGACAAUGAGCAUAUUGAAGAUGAUGACAAUAAGCAUAUUGAAGAUGAUAACAAUGAGCAUAUUGAAGAUCAUGAAAAUAAGCAUAUUGAAGAUGACAAAAAUAGGCAUAUUGAAGAUGAUGACAAUAAGCAUAUUGAAGAUGAUGACAGACCGCCGGCUGUGAGGGUGGAACCGUUGCCCCUUAUGAUACCAAUAUCACAUUGUAAAAGAGUAUAUAGUAAGCAGACCAGGUUACCAGGCAAAGAUAGCAUUAAAAAAAUGAAGCUAAGUGACGGUAAUGUAAGCAAGAAUGAUAACAUCAAUAAUGACAAUGACACUAUGUCCAACAAGCAUAUUGAAGAUGAUGACAAUAAGCUUAUUGAAGAUGAUGACAAUGAGCAUAUUGAAGAUGAUGACAAUAAGCAUAUUGAAGAUGAUGACAAUGAGCAUAUUGAAGAUGAUGACAAUGAGCAUAUUGAAGAUGAUGACAGACCGCCGGCUGUGAGUGUGGAACCGCUGCCACUUAUGAUAACAAUAUCACAGUGUAAAAGAGUAUAUAGUAAGAAGACCAGAUUACCAGGCAAAGAUAGCAUUAAAAAUAUUAAGCUAAGUGACGAUAAUGUAAGCAAGAAUGAUAACAUCAACAAUGACAAUGACACUACGUCCAACAAGCACAUUGAAGAUGAUGACAGACUGCCGGCAGUGCGGGUCGAACCGCUGCCCCUUAUUAUACCAAUAUCACAGUGUAAAAGAGUAUCAAAGCAAACCAGCUUACCAGGCAAAAAAAGAUAUAUAAAAAUUAAGGGGUCGCGGCCGAAGCGGCUCAAGUUCAGUAAAGUGUGGGUAUCCAACGAGCAGGCUAUGCGCUGGCACCGCGAGGAGCUGCGGCGCGCGCGAGAGGCGAGCCUCAGCUUCGUGCACGAGUGCGCCGCGUGCGAGAGACUGUUCGCCGAGGAGGAAGACUUGCAGACACAUGUUGCCGACGCACACUCUGAGGAGGCUGGCCAGUAUACGUGUGAUGUUUGUCUAUAUCGAUUUCCGGAUCAAACCAAGUUGAAACAGCACAUGGAGGCUCACUACAUCAACUACAAGUGUAAAACCUGCAGCUUUGAAAGCAGAAUACUGGCGGAAAUGCAAAAGCAUGUCAGUGAUACUCACCCGAAUACUAAGUGCCUUAAGUGUAGGAAUAAAUUUGCAUCGAAGGCAGAACUAGACCUCCAUUUUAACUUAUGCGAAACAUAUAAAUGCUCGUAUUGUAAAGUAAAGUUCCCAUUCCGGGAAAUGUACAUGGAACACACACAGAAGCACUUGGCAGACCCUGACGGCAUCUACUGUGAGGUGUGCGAUGUGUUCUGCUCUCCCUCGCGGUACAAGGAGCAUUUGCGAACCAACAUGAAACACGUGUCCAGAGAUUCUUUCAAACACGAGUGUGAAAUUUGCCACAAUAAAUAUCCGACCGCGCGUGGACUGGGGCAGCACAUGGUCGGCACUCACAAGCGGCCGGGCCCCCAUCCUUGCGAUCUGUGCCAGAAGUCUUUCUUCAGGAAGAUUCGAUUAUUAAACCACCGCGCGGCGGUCCACAAGAUAGGGCCUGGCAAAGUAAAGAAGAAAAGGGAGAUGGAUAAGAUGUGUGAAACAUGCGGUAAAAGAUUUAUGACGGGGGUGGCGCUAAGUAGCCACCGUAACAGUCACACGGGCGAGCAGCCGUGGCGCUGCCCCGACUGCCCCGCCGCCUUCACGUCAUCAUCGAAUCUGUGGUUGCACCGCGUGAAGAUCCACGACAAGACCGUCAACAGACGGGAGAAUAAGCCCAACAAGUUAUGUUGCGACGAGUGCGGGAAACAGUUAUCCUCUCCAUCAAAGCUCAAGUACCACUGCGACUUCUACCAUCUGAAGAAGGCACUACCAUUUCAGUGCACAAUUUGUGAUAAGUAUUUCCGGAAGGCCACUCGGCUCCAGAAGCACGCCCGCGUGCACAAGCGCGUCCCCUGCGAGCCGUGCGGGCAGUGGUUCAAGGACGCAGAGGCGCUAAACAAGCAUUUGAAGAAGCACUCCCUGCCCUCGUGGAAGGGACCCUACAAGUGUCGCUCGUGUGGCGGCACGUACAGCAACGUGCCCGAACACUACAAACUCAAGCAUCUACAUCUGAAAAAAGUAGACCGCGUCAGGAUCAAGAAUCUCUUUAAUCUAGACAAGGCAGUUGAAGUUAUAUGGAUGGAUAAAAAGUUUAGUUGCGACGUGUGCGGGAAACAGUUCCUCUCUCCAUCAGAGCUCAAGUACCACUACGACUUCUACCAUCUGAAGAAGGCACUACCAUUUCAGUGCACAAUUUGUGAUAAGUACUUCCGGCGGGCGAGCGCGCUGCGCGUCCACGCGCGCACUCACAUGCGCCCCUUCCCCUGCGAGCCUUGCGGGAAGUGGUUCAAGGACGCAGAGGCGCUCGACAAACACUUGAAGAAGCACUCCCUGCCCUCGUGGAAGGAGCCAGACAAGUGUCGCUCUUGUGGCGGCUCGUACAGCAACUUGUACGAACACUACAAGCUCAAGCAUCUCCAUCUGAAAAAAGACGACCGCGUCAGAAUCAAGAAUCUCUUAAAUCUAGACAAGGAAGUUGAAGUUAUAUGGAUAGAUAAAAAUACUUCAGGAGGCCCGGAGCCCUGCGCAGGCACGCCUCCCCGCACCCGCGCCUCCCGUGCUAGCCCUGCGGGAUGUGGUUCAAGGACCCAGAGGCGCUCGACAAGCACCUGAAGAAGCACUCCCUGCCCUCGUGGAAGGGACCCUACAAAUGUCGCUCUUGUGACGUCACGUACAGCGCUCGCAACAACAUGUACGAACACUACAAGCUCAAGCAUCUCCAUCUGAAAAAAGACGACCGCGUCACGAUCAAGAAUCUCUUCAAACUAGACAAGGAAGUUGAAGUAAUACGGCUAGAAAAUAAAUUAAAAUAAUAUA